CUCAUCACCGCCGAAUCCCCGUUUCGCUUGCCCCUCGACCUUCUCGACUCCGCACGGAUUCUUACCCGGAGGCCCUGAUUUCUGACAGUUCUGUCUCGGAAUUCGUCAGUCCUUGAUUUUCACUUUCGCCGAUUCGAAUCUUCGUCUGGCAGACGCCGCAACCCCGCCGAAAAUGUCGUUAACGAACAGCCGUUUCUACGAGGAGAAGUACCCGGAGGUCGACAGCUAUGUCAUGGUCAAUGUCAAGCAGAUCGCCGAGAUGGGCGCGUACGUGAAGCUCCUCGAAUACGACAACAUCGACGGAAUGAUUCUGCUCUCCGAAUUGUCGCGAAGACGUAUUCGUAGUAUCCAGAAGCUCAUUCGCAUUGGACGUAACGAGGUGGUCAUCGUUCUCCGUGUCGAUAAGGAGAAGGGUUAUAUCGAUCUGUCCAAGCGCCGAGUCUCCCCCGAAGAUGUCACCAAGUGUGAAGAGCGCUACAACAAGAGCAAGGCCGUCAACUCCAUCAUGCGACAUGUCGCCGAGGCCACCCAGACUCCCCUGGAGACGCUAUAUCAGACCAUCGGAUGGCCGUUGAACCGCAAAUACGGCCACUCGCACGACGCUUUCAAGAUCUCCAUCACAAACCCCGACGUGUGGAACGACAUCGAAUUCCCCAACGAGAACGUCAAGAAGGAGUUGACGCAGUACAUCGGCAAGAGACUUACUCCCCAGCCCACCAAGGUCCGUGCCGAUAUCGAGGUCACCUGCUUCGGCUACGACGGAAUCGACGCCGUUAAGAACGCCCUGCGCACCGCCGAGGAGAGCAACACCCCCGAGGCCCAGAUCAAGGUCAAGCUGGUCGCCCCUCCGCUGUACGUCCUGACCAGCCAGUGCCUGGACAAGACCAUCGGUAUCAAGAUGCUCGAGGAGGCCAUCCAAAGGAUCGAUGCCAAGAUCAAGGAAGCCAACGGUGGCUGCAUCAUCAAGAUGGCUCCCAAGGCCGUCACCGAGCACGAUGACGCUGCUCUGCAGGAGCUCAUGGAGAAGCGUGAGCGUGAGAACAUGGAGGUCAGCGGUGACGAGAGCAUGUCCGAGAGCGACGACGGUGUCCCCGAGUAAAUCCCCCAACUCACGCCUGGCGAUGCAGAGGGAUGAAUCGAUCCAACCAUUUCGACUGGAUUGAGUGAAGACUGGACGAAAGGAGAUACCGGGGACUUUUUGAACUUUCAGGAGACUUGAUGGAGCAUGGGCAGAUGGGGUUUGGAGAAAAAAAAAAGUUGCAUAGAAGAGUUUUCGAAUGUGACAUGAUUUAUGAGUCGGGAGAACGGUUUAAUGUGCACACGGGCGUCGUGAUCAAGCAGCAAUGUCGACGACACUGGGGCAAGUUCCCUAGUUGAUGAGAAUGGUGUAACCCGAGACCACAGUGCCACGCUGCAUGAUGUGUCGAGCAUCAUCCCAGUCCGAUGGUUUGAGGCCUCGUGUUUGGAUCUCUGUUGAGGAGCAUUUGGAGGAUGUUCGAUCCCGCCUUCUCAUGUACAUAAGCUUUAUUGAUCUACGGGUCAGUACCUGUGGUUCCUGUUUAGACUACUACUAUCCAC